GGCUUGAGAAAUAAAUUCACCAUUUUGGAAGAAAGAGCCACUGCUUGCACAGUGACAAGACCUCAGUUUCAGGCUAGACUCUCAAGAGCAGUGCUUCCCUAUCUUCCUCCUCCUUCCCUCUUCAGAGGGAGCGAUGGCAUUCAGAAUUACAGCCCAUGAAAAUAGGACUUCACAGGUUUUCCUACGUGAAAUAUUAACCAGCAAUAGUUAAGUAUGUAUCUUCAAGUUUCUAAUUAGGUUUGGAAUUGCUGGAGCUCUGGAGAAGAUGUUGGUACUAAACUGUUCUACCAAAUUACUGACCCUGGAAAAAAUGCUGAAGAGUCACUUUCCUGAAUCACUCAAGGUGUAUGGAGCAGUGAUGAACAUAAAUCGUGGGAAUCCCUUUCAAAAGGAAGUGGUAUUGGAUUCAUGGCCAGACUUCAAAGCUGUCAUCACUCGGCGGCAGAAAGAGGCUGAGACAGAUAACCUGGACCACUAUACUAACGCUUACGCUGUGUUCUACAAGGACAUCAGAGCUUACCGACGGCUGUUGGAAGAACAUGAUGUUAUCAACUGGGACCAAGUUUUUCAAAUACAAGGGCUGCAGAGUGAGUUAUAUGAUGUCACCAAAGCUGUUGCCAACUCAAAGCAGCUGAAUGUGCAACUCACUUCCUUUAAGGCUGUUCGUUUUUCUCCUGUGUCAACUCUGCCAGACACCAGUCUCCUAAUGAGUUCUCCCCCGAGACUAACCCACCUGAGUGUCGCUGACGCUGACCUACUCAACCGGACGUGGUCGAGGGGCGGCAACGAACAGUGUCUCCAGUAUAUAGCCAACCUCAUCUCCUGCUUCCCCAGUGUGUGUGUCCGCGAUGACAAGGGAAACCCAGUUUCUUGGUCUCUCACGGACCAGUUCGCCACCAUGUGCCAUGGCUACACCCUGCCAGAGCACCGCAGGAAGGGCUACAGCAGGCUGGUGGCCCUCACACUGGCCCGGAAGCUGCAGAGCCGGGGAUUCCCCUCUCAGGGCAACGUCCUUGAUGACAACACAGCCUCCAUCAGCCUCCUGAAGAGCGUCCAUGCCGAGUUCUUGCCUUGUCGUUUCCAUCGGCUCAUUCUCACCCCUGUGGCUUUCUCUGGCCAAAGCCGCCUCUAGCCCAGUGAAAUGCCAGGAGUUUUCUUCCUUUCCCUGAAGAUACACAUACUCCUUAACUGCCAAUAAAGAGAGCAUUAAAACUGGGAUCAGGAGAAUCUUAGUUGUUGAGAAGGCCAGGAGAAAACAGACAGGAUCAGCCUGAGAGGCUCUUCCCUCUCUCUGUCUCAGGUUUCCGCAGCAACUAACUGGGAGACAGGGAUCGCUGUGGCUGUAACAGAGGGAAUUAGCCUCCUUCAGGAUCCUCUGCAGAACAACGGUUCUGAAGCCCGCAGUUCUCAACAUAGUGCCAGAAACGACAGCAUGAGAACGAACCACGGGAGCAUGUGGCUACAGCUUCAUUACUGCUGCCUGGCCCUCUGCUCUGUCUCCUCACCACCACACCAGUUCCCGGCCACCAUCAGUAGCACCCACCUGCGCCCAUGCUGCUGCCUCCCCAAGCUCAGCUCCUAUCGCUUCUGACCCAACUUCUCUGCAGACACUCCUGUUUUUUUUGUCUUUAAUUACUGACUCUUCACAUCUGCCAGUGGCUCUAGCCUAUACUUCUUCCCUGGGAAUAUUCAGAUGCCGUGGUUCUCACCUUUUGCUGCAUUUCAGAAUCACUGGCAGGGCCAGAGACUCGACACAGAUGGCUGAGUCGCUCCCCCACAGUCCUUCUUCACUCAGUAAGUCUGGGGUAGGGCCUGAGAAUUUGUGUUUCUAACAAAUUCCCACUGCCUACUAGCCUUGGAUGGAGGAAUGAAGAUAGGGGAGUUUUAAAUGCUAGAAACAGAUGAUGUCAGUGUAGGACUGGACCUUACCUAUCACCUACUCCAGCCUACUUGUCUAUAAUUGGCUUUCUCAUAGGACACUAAGACGCAUGUACAAAUGUGAAUGUGGACAUACAGAUAAUUAUAUACACAUACAUAUACUCACAUAUAUAAGUAGUUUUCUUUCAUAUUUUCUACAUGUAUAUAAACUCAGAAUUUUGAUAAGACAAUAAACUUUAAUUCUCACAUUACAUAUGAAGAAUUUGA